AUGAGCUGGAUGUGGGUGUCGAAGACACUCGCAGCCCUGCUGCUGGCAUGGUCGCCAUGUGCGGUCGGAGGGACCUGUCCACUAUCAGGUUCCCGUGCAUCUCCAGCAAACAUCUUGCCACCAAAUGCAGAGCCAGAAAGUGGUUCGGUGCUGAUGUUGUACAAGGGCUGGAACGUCAGCAACCUCUCCAUCGAGCGCAUCGAGGAGACUUCCGGCUACCUGAGCCUGGUCUUUGACGGGCCGGAGGGCGGUGGUUCAUUGCAGGCUGGCGAGAGCUUUUCAGAUAUGGACGAAUACGUACUGCGUCGGAUUCGCAUCUCCAUGCCGAGCGAGCACACGUUGCUGAACCGACGUUUGCCUUUAGAGGUGCAGCUCUGGCAUGAGCCAGCAGUUCAUCGGGACAUCAGCCGGCUCAUCACAGCCCGAGCGAAGGUGCAGCAGAUGUUGCGAAGGUUCCACGGCCUCAUACGUGACUGGCAAUUUCAACUCAAGCGGCAAGAGGAUCCAUCUGCAACGAAUGCUUCCUUUCCGAACUUGCAGACCGAAAGAGACUGGGCCGAAGCUGUGCGACGUGACAGCAUUCAGGAUGGGGAGGCGUUAAUGGAGCAUGCUAGCCAGCUGCGGCGUCAGAUCGCCAAGAUUGAUGAAGAGGUCGAGGUGCUGAACGAAAGGCUGCAACGGCCACAAUCGGCGCGCAUGGUCGCACUCUCGCUUCUGUAUGCUGCGCCGCAUGAUGCGGUGUUUGCCGCUUCGGGCCACUUCCUACGUUGGCUGACCUUGGCCAUCAAGCGCAACGAGGAACGACCACAGCCAGCAAAGCGAAACAAGGCAGCAUUGCAAGCUGAAGUUCAGCAGCUUCAGCAGCGCCUUCACGAAAUGCAAGCGGAACAGAAGGACAAAUUGGAUGGCCGAGGGGAGGAGCGACAGCUGCAGACCAGUCAUGAUGCUCAAACUCUCCAGGAUCAACAUCUUGAGGAGCAGUUGCGAAGACGCCUCAGUAAGUGCAGGCGCCGGGACAAGAUCGGCAGAAACAGCAAUUCCGCCUUCUCGUUGAGCGCGAGUAUCAUCAGGUACUGGGAGGAGGCGGACUUGCUUCCCAUCUGCAUUUACGGGCAGGCCGCCGUCGGAGAGCUUGACCUCACCAUUGCCCAACAAACAUGCCCGCGGCUAUUCCUGAUGGUAUUUCAGACAGCGCUUACCUUGAGGGCCGAUGCGGAGUCCGAGAUGUUGCUCGAAGGCCGAGGGGCGGACCGGGAGGUCAACGCGCAGUUGGCCUACAACAACGGGGCUUGUUUCUUCACAGAUGCCAAGGGAGCCCUGUUAACAGAGUUCGUGCGCCGUCAGUUGAUCUUCUGCGUGCUCGUGGUGGACUCCAUGCUGUGGAAGCACAGGGACCGAGCUCAGGUCGCCAGCACGGCAAAGGACGACGACGGCAGUGACAUGCCAGACACCGAGAUGUGCAGGCGGCCGAAGUCGGCGCCACCUCAGAAGCGCCCGAGUUGGAGUCCAACAAGGCGGGCAAACGCCCGUCUCCUCAGUCAGAUAGAGCUCCUGCGCCCGGGGCAGGAACAAGGUCCGGCCGGCGGAGUUUGCCGAAGUGUCGCCGUGGCCGCAUUGCAGUGGUUUUGGCACCAGGCGGCUUCCAAUGGCGCCGUGCUGCCCGACUGGCGGGUCCCGGUGGCGAUUGCGUUUGAGACUCACCGCCAAGACUUCCGCGGCGACCUGUUCAAGCUCACCAGGGACGGUGAGUGGGCGGAGCUUACUGUGCUCGCCAAGGCUCGCUUCGAACAGACGAACCAGGGCAUCGUGCUUCCCUUGCUACAGGAAGGCGACCCUCUUCAGUUGCGAGACGGCAAGAAGGUAGUCUACGACGUGGCGGCAGCAACCAUUUUGACUGCGCGAGCCAGUAAGCAAGCCAGGGCGGCCAAUGCAGGCACCGGGGAGUGGAGAGACACGUGGGACACGGAUGCUCUGGAGGAGUACGAGAAGGGCGUCAAAGACCAGCAGGUCAUGUCGAUGAGUCCGUGGCCCCGGCCUUUGAGGCCAUUCGAUUCUCGGUGUCCUACCUGGAAGACGUCAAACUUGUUCCCGUUGCAAAGACUCACGCACUCGAGAGCGGUGGAGUCAAAGCGCCAAAGCGAGUGA